AUGCAAACUCGCUCCAAGUCUGGUAUAUAUAAGCCCAAAGUUUAUUUGGCUACUGCUUCUAAUCAGAAAUUAUAUGCUGAAUCAACAUCUGUCAAAAUAGCCCUUACUCUUCCUGAGUCGUGUGCUGCUAUGGAUGCUGAGUUUUCUGCCUUGGUUCGUAACCACACUUGGAGUCUUGUUGCUCCCACAAUAGAUAUGAUCAUUCUCAGCAGUAAAUGGGAUUUUCGAACAAAGUAUAAAGCUAAUGGCUCUUUGGACAAGUUCAAGGCGAGGUUAGUUGCAAAAGGAUUUCAGCAAGCUCCUGGCUUAGAUUAG